CCGGGCCCGGCCGGGUCGGGUCGGGGGCGCUGCGGAGGCGGGGCCGGGCCGGACCGGGCCGCUCCGAGUGGCCGCGCGCGGGCCGGAGCCGGGCGGCGCGCCUGUGGAGCGCUGGGGGCGGCCCGGGGCUGAGCAUGGAGCUGCGCGGUGGAGGUUUCCCUGGAGGCCCUUGGCCAGGCCCGAGCUUCUGCUGCGAUGGCCAUUGUGCAGACGCUGCCAGUACCACUGGAGCCCACUCCUGAGGCCGCCACUGCCCCACAAGCUCCAGCCAUGGGCAGCGUGAGCAGCCUUAUCUCAGGCCGGCCCUGCCCCGGGGGGCCUGCUCCUCCCCGCCACCACGGUCCCUCUGGGCCCACCUUCUUCCGCCAGCAGGAUGGGCUGCUGCGGGGUGGCUAUGAGGCACAGGAGCCACUGUGCCCAGCUGUGCCCCCCAGGAAAGCUGUCCCUGGCACCAACUUUACCUACAUCAAUGAGGACUUCCGGACAGAGUCACCCCCCAGCCCAAGCAGUGACAUUGAAGAUGCCCGAGAGCAGCGGGCACGCAAUGCCCAUCUCCGCGGUCCCCCACCAAAGCUCAUCCCUGUCUCUGGAAAGCUUGAGAAGAACAUGGAGAAAAUUGUGAUCCGCCCAACAGCCUUCAAGCCAGUGCUGCCCAAACCGCGAGGGGCACCAUCCCUACCUAGCUUCCUGGGUCCUCGGGCCGCCGGACUGUCGGGGAGCCAAGGCAGCCUAACGCAGCUGUUUGGGGGCCCUGCCUCCUCCUCCUCUUCCUCCUCCUCCUCGGCUGCCGACAAACCCCUGACACUGAGUGGCUGGGCCAGCGGCUGCCCAUCGGGGACUCUGUCCGACUCCGGCCGAAACUCACUGUCCAGCUUGCCCACUUACAGCACCGGGGGUGCCGAGCCAGCCACCAGCUCCCCAGGCGGGCACCUGCCUUCCCACGGCCCUGGACGGGGGGCACUGCCUGGGCCAGCCCGAGGGGCCCCCACUGGGCCCUCCCACUCAGACAGUGGCCGAUCUUCCUCCAGCAAGAGCACAGGCUCCCUGGGGGGCCGCGUGGCAGGGGGGCUCUUGGGCAGCGGUCCCCGGGCCUCCCCUGACAGCAGCUCCUGUGGGGAACGCUCCCCACCACCGCCCCCGCCUCCUCCACCCCCUUCGGACGAGGCCCUGCUGCAUUGUGUCCUGGAAGGAAAGCUCCGAGACCGGGAGGCAGAGCUGCAGCAGCUGCGGGACAGUCUGGACGAGAGUGAGGUGACCAUGUGCCAGGUGUACGAGGAGCGGCAGCGGCCCUGGCAGCGGGAGCGCGAGGCCGUGCGAGAGGACAGCACGGCCCGGGCGCAGCGGGCCCGACAGCUGCUGCAGCUUCAGGUGUUCCAGCUGCAGCAGGAGAAGCGGCAGCUGCAGGAUGACUUUGCGCAGCUGCUACAGGAACGAGAGCAGCUGGAGCGGCGCUGCGCCACCUUCGAGCGGGAGCAGCGAGAGCUCGGGCCACGGCUGGAGGAGACCAAGUGGGAGGUGUGCCAGAAGUCAGGAGAGAUCUCCCUGCUGAAGCAGCAACUGAAGGAAUCUCAGGCAGAGCUGGUGCAGAAGGGCAGCGAGCUGGUGGCCCUGCGAGUGGCACUGCGGGAGGCCCGGGCAGCUCUGCGGGUCAGUGAGGGCCGGGCGCGGGGUCUCCAGGAGGCGGCCCGAACACGGGAGCUGGAGCUGGAGGCCUGUUCCCAGGAGCUGCAGCAGCACCGCCAGGAGGCUGAGCGGCUGCGGGAGAAAGCUGGGCAGUUGGACACUGAGGCAGCCGGGCUCCGGGAACCCCCUGUGCCACCUGCCACCGCUGACCCGUUCCUCCUGGCAGAGAGUGAUGAGGCCAAGGCACAGCGGGCAGCAGCCGGGGUAGGGGGCAGCCUGCGGGCCCAGGUGGAGCGGCUCCGGGCAGAGCUACAGCGGGAGCGGCGGCGAGGCGAGGAGCAGCGGGACAGCUUCGAAGGGGAGCGGCUGGCCUGGCAGGCGGAGAAGGAGCAGGUGAUCCGCUACCAGAAGCAGCUGCAGCACAACUACAUUCAGAUGUACCGACGCAACCGGCAGCUGGAGCAGGAGCUGCAGCAGCUCAGCCUGGAGCUGGAGGCCCGGGAGCUCGCAGACCUGGGCCUGGCGGAACCGGCUCCCUGCAUCUGCCUGGAGGAGAUCACUGCCACCGAAAUCUAGGGCCUUGGCAUCCAGCUCUGUGGGGAACUCUACUGAAUGCAGGCGGGGUAGCCUCAGAUCCACUGAGGGCCCCAGGGCCACUUGUCCCCCUGGGAUCCAGGCCUCUGGGCCUCUGCCAAGGACUCGGGGCUGCCCUAUGACUUAGAUGAACAAGAUCAGACUCCUUGAUGGUGGUCCCCAUGUUCACUGUCACCCAGAAGCUCCUACUCACUUGACCUGUUUCACUCCCCAACUACCGCCAUCGCCACUCUGCCAACCCCAUUCACUCCCAGCGCUCACCAGCCCACCCAGCCAGGGGCUCAGAAGAGGAAGGGGCUCCCUCAUCUCCACGUUCUCUCCCAUCCCAAAGCCAGAGCGAGCCAGACAGCGCCAGCUGCUCCAGAUGUGCCUGCCCCCACCCUGUCCGUGUUGGGGGACAGGGCUGGGACUGGGAUCUGAUCCCCAGGUUCCAGCUCUGCAGCCUCUCUCCUGGGGUGAGGGGGCUGUAGUCAGACCAAAGGAAGAACUCAGAAAUGUCUUGUUUAUUUGUGUUUGUGACCAAGCGGCCCCUCCCCACACCCAGGUUUAUGGCCUCAUUUUCACUUGUAUAUUUUUCACAUUGUAUAUUUCUUGUACAAACCCAAAGAAAAAAAUUAAAAAAUUUUUUUGUUUUUAAAAAAAGAUGAGUGUGCUGGAUAAAGAUGAUGAGAACUUG